AUGAACGCAGGGUACGGCCAGCAGCGGAUGUCGGUCGGCACUGGAGGCCCGGGCCGAGGUGCUCCCCGAGAAGAAUAUGGCUCUGGAAAUCGUGCUGGUUCGAGUCAGGGUGCACCUCCGUCGCCAAGUGGUGGUCAGGGAGGUCAGUUCCAACGACUGAAAGUAGAAGAUGCGUUAUCCUACCUUGAUCUCGUGAAGCUGAAGUUUGGCAGCCAACCUCACGUCUACAACGACUUCCUCGACAUCAUGAAAGAGUUCAAGUCCCAGAGUAUCGACACUCCUGGCGUCAUCCAGCGUGUUUCCAACUUGUUCAGAGGCCAUCCGGAACUCAUUGUGGGCUUCAAUACGUUCUUACCGCCUGGCUACAAGAUCGAGCUUCAAGGCAACGAGCAAGUGAACAUCUCCAUUCCCGGCAGUAAUGUAUGUCACACAAUUCAUCCGAAUGGCCCGCCGACUCCGAAUAUCCCACCGAAAAGUCCCCCUCAGGCGCCAGUCGAGUUCAACCAUGCCAUCAACUACGUGAACAAGAUCAAAAAUCGCUUUGCGGGUCAACCCGAUGUGUACAAGAAGUUCCUCGACAUCCUCCAUACCUAUCAGAAGGAUCAGAAGAGUCGAGAGUCGUCGGGCUCCUUGUCUGAAUCUGAGGUUUAUCAGCAAGUCGCGGCUUUGUUUGAGGAUCAGGACGAUCUACUACAGGAGUUCGGCAAGUUCCUCCCCGACGCCAAUGGGGGUCCAACGUCAUCAUCAAUCGAAUUCAGCAAAGUUACGUCGCAGGCUCUUUAUGCUCACAAUAUGCAAAAUCUCAUGCCCGUGGAAAAAACACCGCGUUCGGCGCCACCUCAGGCACCACCCCAGGCAACGAGCAAACCCGUGAGGAGCAAUCCUCAACUCAAUUCAGCAUCCACGGGAAUACCAACGAAACGAACGAAGUUCUCCAAGGGCGAGAUCACCAUCAACGACGCCGGAAAACAUGGCACUCUGAACGAGUAUGCCUUUUUCGAGAAAGUCCGUAAAGCCCUCAGGAAUCCCGAGGUCUACGAGAACUUCCUUCGUUGCCUCAACCUUUACAACCAGGAAGUGGUUUCGAAAUCCGAGCUGGUUCAUCUAGUGACGCCGUUCUUGGGAAAGUUUCCGGACUUGUUCAAAUGGUUCAAGGAUUUCAUUGGCUUCAAAGAUUUCACCCAAAUUGUUGAAAAUCAGAUCGGCUCCGGUAACGAGCGCCAGUCUAACAAUAACAACAACAAUAAUAAUAAUCAGAACAACAAUAACUCCCCGAAUCAUCCAAGAAUCAUGCCACCAGAGGAGAUCGAUUUCACUGCCUGCAAGCGGUACGGCGCGUCCUACCGUGGAAUGCCGAAAAACUACGUUCAGCCGAAAUGCUCGGGGCGGACGAACCUGUGCCGAGAAGUGCUGAACGACGCCUGGGUCAGCUUUCCAUCGUGGAGUGAAGAUUCAACAUUUGUGAGUUCAAAGAAAACCCAAUUCGAGGAGCAUAUAUACCGGUGCGAGGACGAACGUUUCGAGCUGGACAUCGUCAUCGAAGCGAACCUUGCCACCAUACGCGUGCUCGAAACCGUGCAGAAGAAAAUCAAUCGCAUGAGUCUCGAGGAAAGGUCACGUUUUCGAUUGGACGAUUGUCUCGGAGGGACGUCGUCGACAAUCCAUCAGCGCGCCAUUCGUCGAAUUUACGGAGAUAAGGCCGGCGAUGUCAUUGAAGGUCUGAAGAAAAACCCCGUCGUCGUGGUUGCAGUCGUCCUGAAGCGCUUGAGGAGCAAAGAGGAAGAGUGGCGGGAGGCUCAGAAAGCAUUCAACAAUAUCUGGCGGGAGCAAAUGGACAAAUACUAUCUGCGCUCUCUGGAUCACCAGGGCAUGACUUUCAAGCAGACCGACUCGAAGACCAUCCGCUCGAAGAAUCUCCUCAACGACAUCGAAACAGCGUACGAGGAGCACUGCCAGAAAGAGAACCCGCCACCGGGCUCCCACUUCCAGCUGCACUACCCCGCGAACUGGGAUAUGGUGAAAGAAGCCUCAAAUCUCAUCAUCCACUACGUCCGACGACAAUCCGGAGUCAACAAAGAGGACAAGCAACGCAUCAAGUGGCUCGUCCGGAAGGUUCUUCCAGAGAUUCUCAACCUCAAGGCGGAGGAGAUGUCCGACGACGAGGGGUCAGAGCAGGAGACCGUCGGUGAUCUAGGCCCGAUCGCCAGCGACGAAUUGGCAACCCCGAUGUUUUUGGAAAACAAGACCAGCGACGAGACCUACACACUUUUCAUGGGAGAUAGCCAUUGGUAUCUGUUUCUGCGGUUGCACCACAUUCUAUGCGAGCGCUUGGCCACAAUAAACAAGUACGCGCAAGUACUGCUCGACGAUGAGGAAAAAGACAAAUCCAAUCGAAAGGACUCCGUCGCCGUGGCGCUCCGUCUCAAGCCCCAACAACAGGUGCCGGUCGAAGAGUAUUUCAAUACGUUCAUCGAGAUGAUCAAGCAGCUGCUCGACGGCCAGUUGGACAGCUCGCAGUUCGAGGAUCAGCUGCGCGAGCUGUUCGGUAUCAACGCCUACCACGCGUUCACCAUUGACAAAGUCGUUCAGAACGCGACUCGACAACUGCAGCACCUUGUGACGGACGAGACGUCGAUCAAAUGUACGAAAUACAUUCAGCAAUACAAGAAAGCGGGUUACGCCGGCGGAGCUUGUAGCACAGCGGCGUUACGAGCCUCUCAAGAGAACCACUAUCAGGCCGAAGGCGAAAAAUUCAUGGAGAACGAAAAUUGCUAUAAGGUACUCAUCUAUCAUUCGGAAGCCAAGGUCACCUUCGAGGCUAUCGACACCGAGACGAACGAGUCGAACGAGAACGAUUCGACUGCGGGCGAUAUCGAGAAAUGGGCGGCUUUCAUCGAUAAAUCCAUCGACGAUUGCGAGGAGGUCAGAGAACGACUCCUCAAGAAGCCGGUGUUCCUCCCGCGGAACGCCCGCAAACGCCGGAAUGCCCAGACCGGAGUCGAAAUCAAAGAAUUCAAGAAGCCUCGAGUGGAAGAGGGUGCCAUCUGUAAGCUGGAACUGACAAAAUUCAAGACAGUUUUCGUCAUACAGAACUCGAGUCUGCUGUACAAUCAGAUAUCGAGAGAGAAAGCCGUUCGAGAAGCCCGAAUAACCUCGUGUAGACUCAAGCAUCGCUUCCAGGUCUGGCACGACAAGUGGCUCGACUCGAACUGCACGAAUCAGCAGCGCGAACUCACCGACUCGUGGAUGCUCGACGGCUGCAGGAAGGAACCCCAGCUAACGGGUCCGGGGGGCAAGCCGCCGCACUAUACAUACUUUAAAUAUCGAUCGGCAAACGCGUUCUCGGCCGCUAAAUGAUAUUGAAAUCAUAAUGAUGCCAUCGUAGGAAAACCGCCGUUACUCAUCAUCAUGAUUAUAAUGGUGGAGCCGAUGGCGAAGCUGAUGAACGGACGAGCGGGUGGAGGCAACUGACAGAAAAACAAGCGGACGAACGGACGGACGGACGAGCAAACGGAUCGAUUGACAUGGAUCUGUCCCGUGGUCAAGCGUCGCGUCGCUUGCUCAACAAUCCGGUCAUUUGUUUCAAGAAUGUUUUAAGGCUGCAGCGAGAUUUGCUGCACGAGCUGCCGCCCUCAGAUAACAUUGUACAUCGUUGUACAUUUGCAGGAAUUAAACUAUCGAUGGAGAUGAAUGAAAGAAAGAAAAGAGCAAUGAAGAGCGAACGUAAUAAAAAAAGCACUAUGAAAGAAAACAAGUAAAGUAUGAAAAAAAUGGAGGUUGAAAUUUUAACGAAAUAAAGAAAAC